CAACGAUUGCGUUGAACCAUUUCAUAUGCCCUAUAUAAGUAAUUACGAUACUAAAUAUUUGUUUAUACUUUUGUGGCAACAUGGCGGCAUUUGUCAUAAUAUUAGUUGCGACAUGCCUCUUUUGUAUGGCGCACAGCCAGUUCCUGCCGCCCAUCGUAACCCGGGACUACGGUUACGAGUACGGCCCGCUCACCUCCUCCAUCACCGUGGUCGACAACUCCAUGUCCCUCGCCCUCGCCAACGCGCUCCAGUCUAUGAUCCUCACCAACUUCCUAGACUCCUCCAUAAACCUAUCACCGAAGUAUAACCCGGAGUACCCCUACUCCUUUGUAGUCGAGUCCGUGACUUACUCGCCCAUUAUAGACACGUUUUUUCCUUGUGAUACGCCAGUGUACGAUAUAUACCCCGUGUCGUAUACCGAUAUAUCUCCCGUCUACCUUCCCGAGCCCCAGGUGAUAUACACCGAAACUAUAUACGGGCCCCCUUUGCCUAUGGCCUCGGAUAAAUGUUUUGCUGAUGUGAUGGCCCCAAAUCUACAGAUUGUGCCGAUUUCUUGUGUCGGCGGUUACGAUAUUGUACCAGUAAAUGCUGUGCCAUCAAAUUUUGGCCUCGUAGACAUAAUCAUGCCUCCAUACGGAGGUUUCAAUGAUUUCUAUAUGUCCGGUGUGCCGUUGUUUUUUGAUAAUCUAUAAGAAUGUAAUGUUACUAAAAAAAGUUUGAUAACUUAGUAUUUGGAUGGUCGAGAGUAAUUUUACACUUCAGAGAGUGUUGUCUUGAUAAUCUUUAACACGUAAGUUGACCAUUUUUUGUUUUAUCGAAAUAAAUGACGACAAAUUC